GCCGUGGCGCGCGGCCGCACGCUGAGAAACCGCGUGUUGGGCCAGUCGUGGUGCUCGGCCGGCCAGUGCCCCGUGUCCGCCGCGCUCACGCUGUCCAACACCACGGCUAGACUCAACGGCCGGAAGGUCGGGCAGGGCGAGGCCGUGGUGGCCUGCCUGGACUGCACCUUCAGCGCGGCCUCCGUGUCCAUUGUCGACGGCGAGGCCGUGUGCGCGUCGGCCAGCUCCACCAGCCUCCCGCGGGGCGUCUGCGCGGCCGUCUGCCAGGUGGACGGCGUGGACUGCGUCUGCUCGGCGGGCUGCUCGGGCGGCGAGCCGGCGGCCGACUCGAUGCAUUCGUACACGUACCAAGUGACGGCCGCCACCAGCGUCCGCGACCUGCUCGCCUACCUCCACCGGCUCAUGGUGCGCGUCCACAGCGCGGCCGAGCACCUCAACCUCUCCGUGCAGCUGGACGUGCCGGCGCGGUCGCGCCUCGUGCGCGCCAACAUCGAGAAGCGCUUCGGCAAGGAGAAGGCCAAGGCCGUGCCGCUCGUCUUCCCCGGCGGCGCUGGCAACUCCAUGCCCAUGGCCGCGUAGCGCCGCCUACCGCCGCCGCCGUUUAACAAGAACUUUUCACUUUA